CACGCGGCGCCGGCUGGGAUCGGUCCUUACCUCAGCCAGAGUCACGCGGUUCUUCUGCUCCUUUUUUCCCUUCUCGGGCGCGCGCUCUCGCCCUCAUUCGUUCGUGUCUCUCGCUCCUGUUGCUGGUAGGACCAUGGCGGAGCAGGACAGCAGGGCUGCAUUAAUAAGUGAGACUAGACAGCGUUUUAACACUGAAUACAUCACAGCAAAACCAGAUAAAUAUGAUUCCAGAGAUGUGGAGAGAUUGCAGCAAGAUGAUUCCUGGGUUGAUAACUUCUUGAUAUGGCAACAUGAUUCAGUGGAUGAGGCACUAAAGAUGAUUGAUGAAAGCUUUCAGUGGAGGAAAGAGUAUGCAGUUAAUGACUUGACAGAAUCUUCACUUCCAAAGUGGCUAUUUGAAGUUGGUGCCCUUUUUCUACACGGUUAUGAUAAGGAAGGGUGUAAAAUAUUUUGGUUCAAAGUGAAACUUCAUACGAAAGAUGCUAAAACACAAUUUGAGAAAAAGAAACUGGUAGCCUUUUGGUUAGAGCGUUAUGCCAGGAGGGAACAUGGGAAACCGCUGACUGUGGUGUUUGAUAUGGCUGAAACUGGGCUAAGUAACAUGGACUUGGAUUUUGUCCGGUACAUUAUCAGCUGUUUUAAAAUCUAUUAUCCUAAUUAUCUCUCAAAAAUUGUAAUCUUCGAAUUGCCCUGGAUAAUGAAUGCUGCUUUUAAACUUGUGAAAAGCUGGCUUGGUCCAGAUGCUGUGGGAUUUCUGAAGACAGUCAAUAAAAAUGACAUCCAAGAAUACAUCAGUGCUGAGUAUCUACCACCUCAUAUGGCUGGAACUGAUACCUUCAAGUAUAGUUACCCUCCACUGGUGGAUGAUGACUUUCAAACUCCUUCGUGUGAAAAUGGGCCUAUUACUAGUGAAGAUGACACUGAAAGCAGAGAAGAGAUUGAAACGGACAACAAGGAGAAUCCUGAUUCUAAUGAAGAGCAAGGGUCAAAAAAGACAAACUCUACAGAACAAAUUCCCAAGCCAGAAGAGAAUGAAAAAGUGGACUCCAAAGCAAAAAAUGCAAAGAAGGCGCUAACUACUUUUAAAGGUCUUUUAUUGCACAUCAGUCCAGCAGAAGAACUGCAUUUUGGGUCCAAAGAAACAGGAGAAAAGAAAUGCUUGAUUGUUCUGACGAAUGUAACUAAAAAUACAGUGGCAUUUAAGGUAAGAACGACUGCUCCCGAUAAGUACCGAGUAAAGCCAAGUAACAGCAGCUGUGAACCAGGCACAUCACUAGAUAUAAUAGUGUCUCUUCAUGGUGGCUGUUCUGCUUCCCUGCAAGACCGUUUUCUGAUUAUGGCAGCAGAAAUGGAUCAGUGCUCUGGAGCAGGAACUCAAGAACUGGCUCAGUUUUGGAAAGAAGUUCCGAGAAACAAAGUGAUGGAGCACAGGUUGAGAUGUUAUGUUGUAGAAAGCAGCAAACCUUCAACUCUGACAAUAAAUGAGAAUGCUUUUAAUGUUCCUGCAAAAACCAAUGAAGAUCUACACCGACAGAUAACACAAGUGUUACACAUUAAUAAAAGACUUCAAGAACAGAUUGAUCGAUGUGUCUGGCUCCAGCAAUUGACUGUGGUAUUAGUGUUGUUGCUAGUUGCCAGUACUGCCUUUUGUUUCUACAUGUUAUGCACUCAGGGAAGGUAAAUAGCAAUGCCCUAUACAAUAACAGCUGCCUGUGUAAUUCAGUAUGAGAGGGCAGUGAGCUGAUACUGGUUGAAGAACUGUGAAACUGCUCAAAAGGAGAUCUGCAUGGGCUUUUUUAGAAUCUGGAAAUCACAAGACUGUGAGCCAUACUGUUAAACAGCAAAUACACCUAGAUGAUUCAGACGGUUGGUUUCACUGGAUAGCCUAAGGAUUGUCACAGACAUUUUAUAAUUUAACAAUUUUUCCUCCUUCUGUUAUGCAGAGUAAAUAACAUGUGUCAAAGACUUAAUUAUGUACAUAAAAUGUAACAUUUUUCAAGUGUAAGUACACUGUGGGUAGUAGCAUAAAUGAGAAUUUCCAAUAUUAUUUGUAUAUAAAGUGUGCGGAUGUACAUAAUAUACAGUGAUGCAGUUCAGAAUUCAAGAACUGUAUGGGGGCGUCUUGUAAUAAUUCUGGAAAAUAUGAAUAGCUAUUUUAUGCCAAACAGUUUUCAUCUGAUGUUAAUCUUGUAGCCAUAUUUCCCCCCAAAAUGCUUGCCAUUAUUCCAAAGAUACCAGAUUAAAAGCCUGUGUUUUUGGACUACUAUUUUUAGACUACUAUUGCACCGUGAAGCUUGCAAGAAUGAGUGGGCAGAAUUGCAACUCUACUUUCUUUGUCAGAAAUAGGUGGCUUUAGGGCCACAAUAUUCAGCUACAUUUUGUUGCUGAAAGGUUGCUAAUAUUAUGGAUGGCAGUCUCUUGUAACUCUAGGGCAACAAGUAGAGUGCCAUAAACUGUUUAUAGUCAAGUCUGAAAUGUUGGAGUGGAUCCUACAUAUUGGUAAUGCUCAAGACAGAGCUUUUCUCUAGCACAAGGAUCCUUCUACUAUCAUGAGAAGCUUGUGUUGGUGGAAAGCUCCAUAGUUAGCAUUAUAGAUCUGAUAUAAACAUAAAUUUUGGACCUUUAAUAUAAAUCACGUGAUAUGGAAGAUUUAUUAAAGGUAUAUUAAAGGAAUUAUGAAAAUAUCACUACUUACCUUGAGAGAGUUUUAGUGGUGGUCUAAAAGAUGCAGAAAAUUGUCUGAGUAAACAUUACUCCAACUAUAGUCAUAUCAUACGAAAACUUUAACUGUAAAAAAAAAAUGCUGCUCUGAUCUUCAUCAACAUUAAACCUUUUUAAUUUGGUUGAGUUGAGACAAUAUGUUAAGUCAUGUUUGGAAGUGCAGUUCUGAGACCAAUUCAGAGUGUUUGUUUCCUCUGAAGAAUAACCAGAGUCAUAAAUUGCCCCUUUUCUACUACAUCUGCAGUUCUGUUCCCAGUUACUUUUCCUUAAUCACAUUAGUUUUAAUCCAGAUUCUAGCAUAAACGGGAGCUUCUCAUGCUUCUUCAUGUCUCUUUGUGUGGAAGGGAGGGAUGUUCCUUGGGCCUGCAGACUUUUUAAAAUUGUACUUGCUGGUUGUGAGAGCAAAAGCCUCUGAAUAGGUAGAGUUCAGCGCAUGCGGUGGAGUGGCCAGAUCCCUGCCUUUACUUUAACAGGAUGAAGCAUUUGUAGUCGAGAAAAGCAUCUCCAUUCCAAAUUUUUACUUCUAUUCCACCACAAGGUGCCUCAAUUAGAUAGCACUAUUCACUCUUCUAGGCAGCUGUCUCAGGUUUUAAAAAAUUGAUUACUAAUAAUUGAUGUAGAGUUAGGCUGCAGUCCAGCACAGUUAAGCACGUUGAUUUCAUUGCCAUUAAGUCUGCUUAACUGUAUCAAAUUGUGGCCUUAAUGUGAAAAAUGUUACUAUAUUCACCACUUAGACUGAAAUUUCAUGAGAUUUCUGUUUAAACUACAUUUAAAGUGCCUGAGGAUGGUCUGGAGAACAAAAGGAAUAUUUAAGUUAGGGGAGCUGACCCUCCCCCUUCCUGUUGCUUAAUUCUGGAUGGAUCUGUGUCAGGCUGGUACAAAAAGGAUUUACAGGCUUGAGUACAGGAAAGAGAAGCUGAAACUGAGGAAGUCAGUCUCUGCACUUGGCACCUGCAUUUUCUGUUUGUUCUAUCAGUGGGCCUUUCUACCCCCACUUAAUACAAUUUGAGAAGAUUUGGGUUUAAAUGAACGGAUCUGCAGCCAUCACUUCUAGUUACAGCCAUAAUAGAUUCUGAAUAAUGUUGUACAUAACCACUGUAGACUUCCAUAGUGCAGGAAGAUCUCAGUGCAGUGCAACUGAGGCUUUAUGUAAGCAUGAAAUAUGUUCAGAUGAUUACCUUUUUGUUCUCAGAGGCCUGCUCUAUAUUAGACCAAUAUAAUAAGCUGGUACAAGGUCCUCAGCUAUUUUGAGUGGGUUCUCUUUAGUUCAUCUUGUAUGUUAAGGGAGAAGCCGGUUCACAUUCUCAUCAGAUUUGAGAUCUCAAAAGCUAACUAAAAUUUCUAUGGUCAUUUAUGGUAUAUGUUAAAAAUGAGUAACUUUUCAUUCCAGUCUCAAAACUAAACCUAUUUUUUUUAAAAAAUAAUUAUCACUGAAGCUGAAGGCUGACUAGCACUUUAUUGAAUGCUUUCAAAACUAUAUUCCUAAUAUCUAUGCCAAUAAAUAAGACUCCAUGUUCUGGUGCUUGAAUAUUUUCAGUAUUUUAUUACUGUAUUCAUAUUUUCUAUGUGCAUUUGAACAGAUAAUGUUUUCUAUUUUAAUAUGUUAUAGAGGAGUAACUGCAAUUUAUUGAAUAAAGGAAAACUUGUAGCCACAA